AUGGCAGACCCACUCAGCGUAUCCUCUGGUGUCAUUGCUCUCGUUACAUUCGCUUUUCAGUCCAGCGUGGCCCUAUAUAAGACGGUACGGAACUUUCAAAGUCAAGACAAAAGGGCACGAGCUCUUAAAAACGAACUUGGGGAAUUGUCCGAGGUUCUCGAGUCGCUUCUGGAGACGGUGAACAACAACCCCGAGCUCGAUUUUAAAGCGCUUCAGCUUCCUCUCCACCGCUGCGGCAGAGCCUGCGAGGAAUACGGCGAAAUUAUUGCUCGAUGUUCUAAACACUCAACAGCUUCGCGGCCUAGCUUCCGGGACUGGCUAACGCAGAAAUAUCUGCAAGGAGAUAUCACAGAUUUCCAGGCUAUGCUGGCUGGGUAUAAAUCUACGAUAAACAUAGCUCUGGCUAACGCAAAUAUUCGCGUUGCCGCUAUCACUCCCAAAGUCCUCGACGACUAUCACGACAUGAUUCGCGAUACCACCAACGAUUUGCAGGAACAUUUGCACCAGCUUGAUGAAAAAGUGCGACGUCUAGCGGCUGGGGAUACUGUUGUUCCAGCUAAUGACGACAUUGAGUGGCAAGCGAUGCUGGAAGAGAAGGACAGCACUCAACAAGGUCUCUUGAUCUGUGCUCAAUUAGCCGCGCGCAUUGAGGAGCUGGAACCAACAGUGAAGGAAAACCCUCAGUAUUGGCAACGCGACUCGGCACGAAAAUAUGUCAAGGAAGGUUUGGGAUCCACCAAAGGCUCGAUUCAAGCUCUUGUAUCCCGAUUGCAGAUUCAUGAGGAGAGCAUCAACAAACAAAUGGAAACUAUAAGAUCAGUUCCAGCGUCACAGUCGACUGCAAUACAGCUUUCUCAGCUGAAAGAAACGAGCGAAAGUGUUCGUCAAUGUAUCAAGCUUGUGUCAGAGGCAGAUGACUUCGUUGGUCUCGAGCGGCGCAAUGUAUUUGAAGAUAUUACUAUGGCUGAUGACACCUACGAUUUCUCAGUAUCAACAGUAGGAGACCUUGUUACUGCCAGAAGAAUCGAUUUAAAAGGCAGAUCACGGCACGUGGGUGGACAAAUCAGUGAUGACAGUUACCAAAAAACUAUACUUGCUUUCACCAAGCUGUCAAUGAGCAAUCAAGAUCAAUUGAAAGAAGCCGAUGAAGAGAUCAUACAAUCAGGUCCUAAUCAAGGCUCGCCCAAUAGACGCCCUGAGGGAAAUCAGUUUCAAGAUCGUUAUGGCAAAGGGGUUAAGCUUUCUCGUCCAAUGGGCACGAAACUCUCGCCAUAA